AUGGCAGACAGACUCCUUGACGAGGAGGCUGAAACACUCCUAUCAAAAGGUUCCAUAAUACUCGAUACUACACCCUUGCCUGCCGAGCUCGCAUCUUUCGGACUCCGAAUUCAGUACUUCUUUCUCGUCUGGACAGUCAAAAUCACGAUCGCUCUGCAAUUAGCCUAUUUGCGAUUCUUCUAUCCCACGCCUAGUGUACAGCCGAUCUACACCAAGACUUAUCCAUGCCGGCCAAAGCUUCCAGUACGAGUGUUCGUGCCAGAGUCUCGUAGUGAUGACGGUGAAGUUCCUCUGCCGCUCUACAUCAAUAUCCACGGAGGAGCAUUUGCUACUUGUGAUGCUUCGAUUGACGACACUUUCUGCAAGUCAUGGUGCGAACGUACUGGGAUGAUGGUCGUCAGCCUCAACUACCGAAAGUCGCCUAUCCACAGGUUCCCAGUCCCUGUACUCGACAUUGCUGCGGUGGCUCGCGCUGUGUUUGACGACACAACUCUCAACAUUGACAAGUCGCGUGUGGUCAUGGGCGGCUUCAGCGCUGGUGGAAAACUGGCAUUGACUGCUUGUCAGAUGCCAGAGCUUCAGGGUAAGAUCAGGGCCAUAGUAUCGUACUUCCCAAUCGUUGAUUGGAGUGCUCCACCACACGCCAAAUGGGCCGAGCGUCUGUACACGGAGAAAAAAUCAGAGUCACUCAAUACGGCUGGACCAGCACUCGAUUGGGCUUAUGUGCCAGCUGGCCAAAAUCGAAAGGAAAGGCUACUUAGUCCCUGUUAUGCGAGCAGAGAGGAACUCCCCGAAUGGAUAUGUCUGAUCGGGGCCCAACACGACAUGCUAUGUCGUGAAUCUCGAGAUAUGAUCUACUCACUUGCCGGCGACGCCGUGCCCGAGUCUGGGUGGGAUGAGGAUUGGGAGCGAGGCACCUACAAAUGGAUGUUAGCAAUGGGUGUAAGACAUGGUUUCACGGACGAGUUUCGUAAAAAGCGAGGUCGAAGCUCGGCGCAACGCAAACAAGUCUGCGAAGACAUUUAUGCUUCAGUGCACAAGUGGUUACAGACCAAAGUAUUGGCUUUGUAA